CAGAGCCUCGACAACAUGAGGCGUCUCCUCUUAAAAGUCUCCCAGCGAUGUGGCAGGACUCCCAUUGCUCGACGAAGCUUCUCCGCCGGCAAAAGUGACGCACCACUUCAAACCCCUGCCAAGCAAGCCUCAGUCCGAAGCCGGUUUGACCGGUUCAUCGAACGAACUCCACGUUUCCUCCGGCCUACAGUGACCGGGCUGCGACAGGCUCCGGUGUCCCAUAUCGCGGCAUUCAUCAUUCUUCAUGAGUUGACUGCGGUCAUUCCGUUGUUUGGCCUCGCCGGCGCAUUUCACUACUGGCGGUGGCUACCUCCAUACUUCGCCGAGGGUGCUUGGAUCAAUGCUGGGGUGGAGAGGUUUGGACGGUACUUUCGAAAGAAGGGCUGGAUCAGUGAGAGGGACGAGCUAGACGUGGAAGAGAAAACAAAACAAGCAAAGGCGGGAAAAUUCGAGAAGCAGACGAUUUCCAAGUGGUUCAACCGCGGCGAAGACACGACGAGAUGGGUUGUGGAAUUUGCUACGGCCUACGCCGUGGUGAAAGUGUUGCUCCCUCUACGCUUGGUUAUCAGCGUAUGGGGCGCUCCGUGGUUUGCCAGACUGGCUGUCAUUCCGUUUGGGAAAGCCACGAGAUCGAUCUUCCGGCGAAAGAAAUCAUGACAGGCUUAUAACGUCACUUAUUAUCGUCGCAAGGCUUAGAUCACCAGACUCAAAAAGGGUAUAUGGUAGAGUGUUUUUCAGGAC